UACGCAGCAACAUCACUGCGGGGAACAGCCGCUGUCAGACGCGUUACUCGGAGUGGGAGUGAGGGCUAUGGACGAUUUAUCGACUGAUUCGCCUUUCAGACUGGAGCAGCCUUUUCUAAAUCACUCAACAUUUUCUACUUUUGUCUCGCUUUUGUUUAAGUCGACCUGGAAAUGAGACGCAAUCGGUGAUCUCUGUGUUCCUUUGCAGAGGAAAUAAGAUUAAACUUAAAUCGGAUUCUGAUUUUUUUCCCCCACACUCGGAUAUGGCUCAUAUUUGGAUGCAUUAAGAUAUUUUCACAGCGUCAGACAGCAUCUGCGGCGGGGGGAGAGACCAGCGGAGGGACUCGGAAACUUGUGUGGUGCAGGAGUCGGGUCUCUCUUUUCGGAUCUGCGCUGCCACAGCUGUCACAGAGAGCGAGAGUGAAAAGAGAGCCAUGGUGAACUCCUUCAUACUGGUGCUCAGCUGGGCUGUGAUCUUUGAGGUGGCGAGAGCUCAGAAUGACACGGAGCCGAUCGUCCUGGAGGGGAAGUGCCUCGUGGUGUGCGACUCCAACCCGGCCACGGACUGGAAGGCUUCGUCCUCUCCGCUCGGCAUCUCGGUGCGCGCCGCCAACUCCAAGGUGGCUUUCUCUGCAGUCCGGAGCAACAACCACGAGCCGUCGGAGAUGAGCAACAAAACGAGAAUAAUCUACUUCGAUCAGGUUCUGGUGAAUAUAGGAAACUACUUCACGUUUGAAUCAGUGUUUUUGUCCCCGAGAAAAGGAGUCUACAGCUUUAACUUCCACGUCAUAAAAGUGUACCAGAGCCAGACCAUACAGGUGAACCUGAUGUUAAAUGGGAAACCCGUCAUCUCUGCUUUCGCGGGGGACAAAGACGUGACGCGUGAGGCGGCCACCAAUGGAGUUUUGCUUUAUCUAGAAAAAGAGGACAAAGUUUACCUGAAGCUGGAGAAGGGGAACCUCGUUGGUGGAUGGCAAUACUCAACAUUUUCUGGCUUUCUUGUGUUCCCACUGUAAAAAAAAGAAAAAGAGAAAAAAAGAAAAAAAAAAAGAAGAUUGUAAGCUUACUGACUUCUUCAUGAUGUGUUGUCACUGUAUAAUCAAAACAUUGCUGCUGCGUCCGCUGGAUCUUACUGAGUGGUUGAGAAAUUAUAGAUGAAAAAUGUAUCUGAACGGAGGGGAGAUAAGACUUUGGAAAUCACGUAUCUGGAAGUGCUGAGCGCCCCGUCCAGAUGAAAGAGACUUGAAAUGUUCCCUAUCGCUACUAUAUGUUCCUGUCACUCAAAGAGCCUCAGAGAGGAACACCAAACACAUCCCAAAAGUACUUUUCAAACCGCGGCUGGUUGGAAUAAGUUUUGAUUUAUUUUCAUGACAGCUGUUGCAUUCAAGUACAUCUGCUUUUUGGGAGUAAACUAUAAAUGCUUGUGUUACUUGUGUGACUUGUCAUCACUUAAGUAUUUUCAAUGCUACAUACUGUACUAAGGAUGUUUUAUUGUUUCAGGUGAACAAAGAUGGAUUAUAGUGGUUUAGGUCACUGAUAGUCCAGACAAUGUCAACGUGAGCUGCUUGAUGGAACAAAUAUUUUUCAUUCGAUUAAAAGGGCGACUUACACCAAUGACAAAUCGUGUUUAAUGAUCAGAGGCAUAAAUGGAUUCAUGUAAAGGCCUUCCAGUCAUAGGGGCUCUCUGACCCUUUGACCACCUGUGAAAUGUUACUUUGAAAAAAAAAAAAAAAGUCCUUCGACCACCUCAGGCCCGCCAAGAGACCAGCUAGGCCCCUGAAAGGCAGAGUGAAUGGGCCCUCUGCAGACGCCAUUAAUUCAUAUCAGUGCAUGUGUAUUGGAUCAGUAGCGGCUGAGCUAGCCUCCUGGCUAACAUUCGCAUCCUCGGCCUGGAUCCGAUCAGCUUUUGGAGCUGAAUAAAACGUUUAUUAAUAAGUUAUUGUUGCCUUGGGGGUUAAUGGCCCUAGCCUCCUUUAUUUUUUGCCGUCCUUAUUUUUUUUGUAUGCAGGUCCUGGUGUGGGUAUACAAAGUCCGACAUUACUGGUCUAACCUUGAAGUUCAGUUGUCCUGCCCAUGACGUUUAUAUCACAAACUUAAUGGUUAACCAUCUUAAGAAAGGGAAGCUUGUUGUUACAUUUUGAAGUAGGCGACUAAUCAAAAUGUGUAAUUUAUGUGUUAAAAAGAAAGGGUGAGUAUUUAGGUGCAAACAUAAAUUGUGUUUUCAUUUCUCAAAAUUUAGGACGGAUUAUGUUUUGGCUAAAGGUCAUGGGCCCCUCAUG